CAAACGUUAGUUCGUCAUUUAAUCGCUCCGUGGAUAGACUCUUGAUGUGAUUGUUUCUCUGCCAAGGGUUCUGUAAUUUAAUAUUACCUUUAGCAGUGAUCCUAUUGGUGCUCACAGCGUCAAGUAUCCAAAAUGAUUUCUACGUAUUCCUAACGUCGGGAAUUAUCGUUCCAAAUAAUAAAUUUAGUGAAUUCGGAUAGAAUAAGAUAAGUUGACGAAGAAUAAGUUUUAUUUGUCAAAUAAAAUAGAAACUUAUUGUUCAAGUGUUGCGAAUAUACCAUUGGGUUCGGGUAAAGAGUGCGAUAAAUUAGCGAAACUGUUUUUUCCAAAAGGCAGUUACCGGCCUAGUUAUGUUUUCCAUCGAGUACAGCAAGCAAUUCCUGAGCUACCGUAUACUCAAGUCCAAUCGUUUCAAAUAUAUCUGACGAUACGGACUCGGACUAAGUGUUAUACUUUCAAAUUUGUUUAAAAUUUUAACGUGUUACUGUGGUGUCAUCGAUACCGUCUUAAGUACAUGCGACUUGUGUCAUUGCGGUUUGGCUCAGGUAAUAAGGAAGGAGGAGGAGGUACUUUCAACGAAUUAUUUCGAGAAAUUUUGAAAUUAUCGAGAACGUUGGAUACUACGCAAGGUCCAUGCUGAGAUAAUUGGUCGAGACCUGGAACGUCUUGGGCCUGCAAGAUAUUGAUAAUCGCCAACAAAAAAAGCAUUACCAACAAAGCUUGAGCUCUAUGAGCGCGAGAUAAUUCAAGUUGCUACUCAUUCAUCGAAAAAGAAAUAUUUAAAUCGACCUGAACGAAUUUCAUGAAAUUUCUAGCGUUUUUUUCCAGUACAUUGUAAGCCUUUUAUUGAAAUGAUUGUUUACGUUCCUGGCAGAAUGCCAAGUCACAUUCGACCUUUUGGCGUUGCUCGUUACCCGGCUGCUCUAUUGGGCACCAGAUCCAGCUAUUACAGUCCAAUAACUGGCAACGUGGUCAGUACUCACCUUACUGGAAGGGAUUUAUCCUUAGGUAGUCUAAAUCUCUAUCAGCCAGUGCUGGAUCUUCCGGUUUGGCCACGGAGGAUGCCGGUCGAGGAGGGACUAGGCCAAUCACCGAAUAUGUGCACUGACUUAGGGACAUUAUCGGGUUUCGCAAGCGUUGGCCCAUCUAGUCCAGUUCAUAGCGACUCCGAUGCAUCAAAUUCAAGUCUUGAGCUAAGCAAAAUCAGGAAAGGGGACAAUGGUCAGCUUAAAUGCAGAUGGCUAAAUUGUGGAAAAUGGUUUACAUCGAUGGAGCAGUUGUCAGAUCACGUGGCUCGACUUCAUGCAGCCGCCGGCCGAGACAAGUUGUUCUACUGCGGAUGGGAAGGAUGUUCCCGGGGCGAUCGUGGUUUCAAUGCUAGAUACAAAAUGUUGGUUCACGUGAGAACGCACACAAAUGAAAAGCCUCACCACUGUUUAGAAUGUGAUAAAAGUUUUAGUCGCGCCGAAAACCUGAAAAUUCAUGCGAGAUCGCACACUGGUGAACGCCCCUAUGUCUGCACGGUCGAAGGAUGUGGAAAACGAUACUCCAACUCAUCAGAUCGUUUCAAGCACACCAGAACCCACGCCGUAGAUAAACCCUACUGCUGCAAGGUCCCGGGUUGUCCAAAGCGUUACACCGAUCCCUCAUCCCUCCGUAAACAUGUUAAAACUUAUCGUCACUACACCAAUAACAACGACAAGAUCCACGAGAAGAGUUUCGACGAAAGCAACAGCAGUCAAGAGCCAAAAUUUGAUGUCUCCUCCGAACGAAGAAGUAGUGGAGAAUCGGAUAAAAAAGAUUCGAGUAUUGAAAGUACAACAACAGUAUCUUCGUCCCAAAGUCCAACUGGUAGUCUGAGUUUUGAAGAACAACAAAAAUUUGUCAAAUGGAAUAACAUGUAUAAUCUCCAAAGGUCUGAGGAACAGGAGAACAUGUUAUCACCUGAAAAGUGUAAUUACGAAAUUAAAUCAUUUCCCAGAAUUUUUGAAGAAGCCAUCGGCACUCCCGAACGAAUUUCCAAUUCAAGGUUCCAUGGACACGUCAUCGAUGAUCAGUCAAUACAAGAGGAAAGUCCUCAUCAUAUACCGAGAAUUAGAGUACAAUCAACGCCAAUAAAAAUCGAGGACGAUUGUCAAUCCACAGUGACAGUGGACUAUAAAAAAAUCGAAUCAAUUGUGAAUAGUACGCCGUACAAAAAGGAAAAUUCAGUAAGACGCUCUGUUAUCAAACGAGCCGAUAAUUUCAUGAAAAUGGAUACAUCGGAGGAAGGCACACAGGAGAAUGGAAAGGAGUCGUGCUGUUGUCGUCACGCCUGUUCUAUCCACAAUAAGGAUCUUUCGGAGAAGACAAAAUUUUUGUCUAAUCUCAUUAUGCAAACACAGAAUCCGGUAUUUAAGCACCUCUUGGAAUCUGUUGACUUAAAAUAUGAACUGGAAAACGUAUGGAGUAACGUUGAUUUUCGUGAGAAGAUGGGAACUGAUUGUAAAGUUAAGAGUCAGGGAAUCACCGAGAUGGAGCAAGUUAUUCCACUUGAUUUGACCAUGUACAAAUAAUCGGUCUAUUAGAGCCAAAUAUGUUUUAUCCACUUUUGUGGUGUUUUCAUCAUAUCAUUGAUUAACUAUUUGCGUUUAUAUGAUCAAUAUCCGGGGUCUUAGCUGGUCUACGUCAUCGUUUCUCGUGUUCGGUUGCUUACGAAUGUCUCGGGAAAUGAUAACCUGGAGUUCGGUUUUUAUUCUCAAACUUUUGUCCCUUCGUUUUUUCUACCCUUUGAUUACCCUUUUUUUUUUUGUUAUUUACGAACAGCGCAAUGAAUCAGCAAGUGAUCGAAGAUAAUACUAUAACACAACUGCAAUGCCAAAUAUAAUUAUUAGAAAUGUAUUUAAACAAUUGAUUUUAAAAAAUCCAAUAGAUAUUAUUACGAUGGGACAGAGGUAUCAGAAUUUUGCUCAAAUUUUUUUUUCUUAUUUUACCCAAGUUAAGUUUGCUACUCAAUCGAUAUUUCGAUCGAUCACUGGAAGUCUAUUUGCAUUAUACUUCUACGUUCAAGGAAACUCAUACAAAGAAUCCCUGGCGGUUCACUCGCUUCUAGUUGUUCACACAGUUGAGUGUUACUUGAUAACAUUUCAGUUGCUCGAACGAGCGAACAAGUCGAUCUCUUACUGAGCCACGAUCCAUCGAUCGAUCGAUCGAUUACGUCAAGUCUGUCAAUCGAUUGAUACUGUACAUAAAUUGGAUGAUUGAAGAAUGCUCCUUUACUCUAUAACGAACUAAAUAAUUUUCAUUAUGACAAAUGAGUUUUGCAUUAUUUUUGGAAGAAUCGAUAAGUAAUGUAUAAAUUCAUUAAUUGAUUAAUUAAGGUAUGAGUCAAUGUACAUAAAAACAAUGAACAUCUGUGGUCAUUCAAGCACUAUUAUUUGUGAAACAAAAAUAAAGGAUCUUGAUUUGUU